GUCAAAGCCUGGAUACCCCACUUACAUCACAAAUUCCAUGUCAACUCUUACUUUAUUUAUGUUCGCCCUAUAGGUAAUUUAUCUUUUACUCACCCCGGAGCUGGCAAAACAAACAGGGGCUGUUGCAGAACAAUUGGCUAAGUAUUGUCCAGAAAUCAAGAUAGCAUAUGCCAUUACAGAGAAUCGCCGUAAGUAAACAAGCUUUUCUAUAUAAACAUAAUUGGUUUAGAGUAAUAUUUGCAGAAAUAUCUUUACUACUUCGUAAAAAAGCUUUAUACAGUAAGUGAAGCAUUGUCUGCAUGCUUUAUAUUGGGACUAAUGUUAGGAAAAUGUCAACAAUGCAGGAGCUAUCCACCUUGUGUAUUGAAUCUAUUAAAAAUUGUAUUGAAAUCAUAACUAAAAACUUGGCACCAGAUUUAUUUUCUGCAUAGAAAGAACGAAUACUGUAAAUAAGAAAUUGAUGGAAAAAAAAUUAAGGAACGGAAGAAUGAAUAUUUUUAUUAUUGAUCUAUAUAUUGUUUGGUUCUUACAUUGUUUGCAAACUAGUUGCUCGUGGUGAGAUGUUAACGUCUCAAAUCAUUAUCGGUACACCUGGUACAUUAAUGGACUGGAUAUUAAGGGCAAAAGCAUUUGAUCCCAAGAAGAUUAGAGUGUUCGUGCUGGAUGACGCUGACGUCAUGAUUGAUAUACAAGGCCACAAAGACCAGUCUGUUAGGGUUCACAAGUAAGUUCUUGAACUCUUCUUUGAAGGUAGAAUAACUAUAGUGGAAUUGAUGGUAGCUAGUGCAUCAACGAGUCUAGCAUGUAGGGAUUUCAUAUUUAUGUAUGCAACAAAAUUAAAAAUCGAUUUCUAUAUUUCAUUAAUUUUCUCUUAUACUUAGAUUUUUACCCAAAGAUUGUCAGAUGUUGCUGUCCUCUGUAACAUAUGAAGAACAGGUCAGGAAGUUUGCAGAAAGCAUAAUUGCUAAACCAAGAUUUAUAUAUCAACGACCAGAAGAAGAGAGCUUCGACAACAUCCGGCAAUUCUAUGUUGUCUGUACUGGCAUGGAACAAAAGUUUGAGUCCUUAAGUAAUAUAUAUGGUGUCAUAUCUAUCGGACAGUGUAUUGUCUUUUGUAACGUAAGUGCUCUUUCUCUAUUUUUUUGGAGAACACUAUAUCGAUAGCAAUAUCGAUUAUAUCGACAGUAAUAUCAAUAGUAAUAUCGAUCAUACCGAUAGUAGUCUUGGUAGUCGAAUUGUAAUCAGGACCAAACGUUUCGACACUCCAAUGUAGUGUCUUCAUGCAUCAAGGGUGAUCUAAAGUUGCAAUCGUGGCUUUUUAAAUACCCAAGGGAUGACGUCACCUGCCAAUGAGAUGCAUGUAUUCCUCUGGCAAAUAGGCACCGUCAUCCCUAUUCAAGUAUAAAAUAAUGUCAACAUAAUGUUUAUAAAAUAUUUCAACAUAAUUAAACUAAAUGUAGUUCGUUUUUCCAAUAUUUUUCAACCUGUUGAAAAUUCCAUAGUCAAAAGUUUUUUUUUAUUUAGACGAGGAAAGCCGCUGCAUGGCUGAGUGAAAAAAUGACCCGAAAAGGCCAUUCUGUUGCCUUGCUAUCUGGAGAAACUACCGUCGAGCAAAGAAUAGCUUUACUUAAUCGCUUUCGUGAUGGAAAAGAGAAAUUGCUGAUCGCUACAAAUGUAUGUGCCCGAGGUAUUGGCAUCGAGCAAGUGUCGCUAGUAGUCAACUUUGAUUUGCCUGUGGACAGAUUUAAUGCACCUGACUUCGAAACGUACUUGCAAAGAAUUGGAAUAACCGGACGAAUCGGUCGCUAUGGUCUUGCUGUAAAUUUCGUUAACGAAGGUCGUGGGUUACCAAUGUUAAAGAAAAUUGAAGAACAUAUUGGACGGCCUAUUGAAAAACUGGAGACUAAUGAUGUAGACGCCCUUGAAAAUUUAGACAAAUUGGUGAAUAAGUAGAUAAAGUUGGAAAUGACAUGGUCUGGAAACCGGUAAACUUCAACUGAGCGAAACGAAACAACUUUCUUGCAGGCACAUUUUGUACAACUUGAAAAAUGAAACACAGCUAGAAUUUUGUAGGAAUAAAAAGAACAAAUUCACCAAAAUAGUUGGCAAUCUUGAUUUAAUACUUGAAACUCUCGCUUUGCAAGCAAAACAGAUAUAUUUUCCAAACGUGAAGUGGUUGUCAUGGUAACACAAUAUUUUAUUCUUUGAAAAGAACCAAACAAAUAUCAGUUCUAAUUACGGAAUUCGACACUGGGGACGAGUGUUAAAAAGUGCCCAAAAUAAGAAAUGAACCAAAUCACUAAAAGACUACCUCAAAAUUAGUAAGUAUACAAAGUUUGAAGACGUUUACAUGAAUACACUUCGAAUAAUAAGCUUUUGAAAAU